AUGCAAGAAUUUGAUACCAUCCUGCGCAAUGCCCAUGUCAAUGGUUCCUUUGUUUGCGAUAUAGGCAUCAAGCGAGGCGUCAUUGUGGGCCUAGGCGUUGGCCUCGUUGCAACAGAAGACACGCAAAUAAUUGACUGCAACGGGGCCAUUGUAACUCCAGGUGGGGUUGAUGGCCAUGUCCACCUGUCUCAAGAUCGCUCGCCCAGAGCUCAAGAAGCAGGCUAUACUAGUGCCGAUACAAUCGACACGGGGACUAGGAGUGCAAUUGCCGGGGGCACGACGACAGUCAUCUUAUUUGCAGAGCAAUCUCGGGGCCAGUCUCUGAAAGAGCAAGUUGACAAAUACCAUGAACUUGUCAAUGACCAAGGCUCAUAUGCGGACUACGGUUUCCAUGCCAUCAUCACCGAUCCCACUGCACAAGUGCUAGAACAAGAACUUCCAGAGCUUGCCCAGUGUGGUAUAAUGAGCAUGAAGCUAUUCCUCACAUACAAGCACAUGAGGAUUUCGGAUCGUCAGGUGCUCUCAGCGCUGCAAAAGGCACGGGAACUAGGAAUGGUGGCACUAGUGCAUGCUGAGAAUGGGGAUCUUGUCGAUUUCUUUACUGAGCAUUUAGAAGCCCAGGGACUCACAGACCCGAGGUUCAAGGCAAUAGCGCAUCCUCCAGAGGCUGAGGCCGAAGCCGUCAACCGCGCUAUUACUUUCUCCUCGGUCAUGGACACGCCGAUGCUCAUCGUUCAUGUCUCUGUUCGACAAUCGAUGGAUGUUAUUCGCAAGGCCCAAUCAUUAUUGAAGCCGGUAUUCGCCGAGACAUGUCCUCAGUACCUAUUAUUAGGCAAAGAGAAUCUCGACAGGGAUCAUUUCUGUGGUGCCAAGUUCGUCUGCUCGCCCCCUUUGCGCAGCGACCCAAAGGAUAUUGAGGAAAUAUGGAGAGGAAUCAUCAACGGCACAUUCACCAUAUUCUCAUCAGACCACUGCCCGUAUCGGUUCGAUGAUAACAGGGGAAAGAAGUUGGGUCAUUCAUACAGCAAAAGUGGCGAGGUUCAAGGAGUGUAA